AUGACUUUGGAGGAGUUCAAGACAUUAUUCUUCGACUGUUUCUUUCUGAGGGCUAUGAGGCAGAAUAUGAGAGUGUAUUUUACAGGUCUCUAUCAGGGCAUGAUGAGUGUCAUUGAGUACGAGACGCGCUUCACUUCUCUUUCCCGCUAUGCACUGGAGAUGGUAGCUACCGAUGAGCUUAGGGCAAGAAAGUUUCAGGAUGGAUUACAUCUUGAUAUUAGGCAAUGGAUUUCAGUAUUAGAUUUGAGGACCUACGGAGUGGUGUUCCAGAAAGCUACGUUGGUUGAGGCAGAGGACCGAGAUCAGCUCAGGAUCAAGGGCUCAUAUAAGCAGUCUCAUAAAGAGGCUUCAUUGGUAUCAGUUGGGGAUCAAUGGAAGAAGGCUAAGGCCGAGGACAGUUCUCGUGUUCAGGGACAGUUACAGCAGGCUCAGUCUGUACCCACAGUUCCUAUUCCUUUGGGGAAGUUGAUUUGUCACCACUAUCAGCAGCCAGGGCACAUAAAGCCUCGCUGCCCACAGUUGCAACCUCAGGGUAGUCGUUCUCAGAUAGGUAAGUCUUCAACUUCGAUGCAGGGCUCCAGGGAGCUUGUAAUUACUGUAAGCAGCCUGAAUAUUUUAAGACGGAGUGUCCACGCCUAUAAAAUAGAGCAUAGGGUGGCACUGGUUCACAGGCCAUACCAGCACAGUCUACAGUUGUUCAGUCUGGGUAGUUCUCAGCAGUCAGAGGCUCCAGGACGAGCUUACGCAUUGCCACAGGCCGAUACCUCUGCAGGGACUUCUACAGUUCGAGACCUUGUUUGUCGAGGUUGUGCUAUUGAGAUAGCUGGGCAGAUUUUAGAGUUCGAUUUCAUUAUUUUUGACAUGACGGGCUAUGAUGUCAUUCUCGGAAUGGACUGGUUGUCUUUCUUUUGUGCCACGAUCAAUUGCUUCCAUGGGCGAGUGUCUGUUCGCACUCCCACGGGAGAAUGUUUUCACUUUGUGGGAGAUUGGAGCGAUUCCCACUCGACGAUGAUUUUCUGUAUCAGUGACUGGAGUUGCCACAGGUCCUACUUGGAUAGCCUAUUAGCCGACGAGGACAGCGGUUUGGGACAUGUUUAUCCGAUAGUUGUUGUGAAGUUUUUGGAUGUCUUUCCGGAAGAGUUGACAGAGCUUCCUCCUCUUCGGGAAGUUAUCUUUUCCAUCGACGUCAUUCCUGGUACUGCGCUGAUCUCUAUGGCACCCCUUGUGGCUAAACCAGCACUUAUUAGCAGAGUUAUUGAGGCACAGUUGGAGGAUGGGGAGAUAAAGGCCAUCCAUGUUCAAAUUUCAGUGACAGAUAAUGCAGAGAGACUGAGUGGACUGUAUGUGAGACAGAUUGUUAAGCUUUACGGGGUUCCUACUGAUGGUCAGUUAGAAUGUACCAUCCAGAUAUUGGAGGAUAUGUUACAGGCUUAUAUCUUGGAUUUCAGUGGUAGUUGGGAAGACUAUUUGCUUACCAGACCAGUAUUAGCGUAG